AAGCAUCACUCAUGUUAUCCUGCCCUGAGAAUAUGGUGUGCAGUCGCUCUAUCGCUUGAACUCUUGAUUAAUGACAUUAUUAAAUUAUCAAUCAACCGCGAUCCUCGGACUAGACAGAGCAUUUAAACAGACAGCCGUGAUAUUGCACCAUAUUACAGUAGUCCGUUAGCAUCUCUAGCUGCAGGUUGCAGUCAUGACGCUAACGCUACACGGCUAACGUUGACUGACCUCAAGAGAAAUUACUUUUUUAAGCGAUAAACUGGAUUCAGGCGAAUGCUUUGCUGAACACAAACACGUUGGACUACUUAAACGGUCAGAUAUUGUUUAAACGUCGGACUUGUUUGGGGAAGAGUUUAGUCUGGUUAGCUUAGGGCAGGCGUUUGUGUUCCUUCACAUACAGCAGCUGUUUAUAUAGAAACGUUCGUAUUUCACCGGAUUAGUCAGUAAUAACGCAGUUAUCCUGUAUGUUUGGGUACUAUAAUAUUGCAGUGUUGUAUCAGUAAGUAUCAGGGUGGAAUCUCAUGCAAGCUACAUGAGUGUGCGACAGAUAGAUGAGUGAGAUGCAGUGGUGGUGAGGAAGAGCUCAAUGCCGUGUGUGCUGGAGGAUGAGCUGGAAGAUCACAGUCAUUAACAGAAGAAUGAUGAAGAUGCUGAUCGCCCUCGCUCUCAUUGCUUACAUCGCCUCUGUCUGGGGAACCCACGCAAAUAUGAGGUCUAUACAGGAACACGGAGAAAUGAAGAUUGAGCAGAAGAUAGAUGAGGCAGUGGCACCUCUCAAGGAGAAGAUACGGGAACUUGAGCUUAGUUUUACCCAGAAGUACCCACCUGUGAAAUUCUUAUCAGAGAAGGACCGAAAGAGGAUUUUGAUCACGGGUGGGGCAGGAUUUGUGGGCUCGCACCUCACUGAUAAGCUGAUGAUGGAUGGUCAUGAAGUGACAGUGGUGGAUAAUUUCUUCACUGGCCGUAAGCGCAAUGUUGAGCACUGGAUUGGCCAUGAGAACUUUGAACUGAUAAACCAUGAUGUGGUGGAGCCACUCUAUAUUGAAGUUGACCAGAUAUAUCAUUUGGCCUCACCUGCAUCGCCACCCAACUACAUGUAUAACCCUAUCAAGACACUGAAAACUAAUACUAUUGGAACUCUCAACAUGCUAGGAUUGGCCAAGCGAGUUGGAGCUCGUUUACUCCUUGCCUCAACUUCAGAAGUGUAUGGAGACCCAGAGGUGCAUCCCCAGAAUGAGGACUACUGGGGUCAUGUGAACCCUAUUGGCCCCCGGGCUUGUUAUGAUGAAGGGAAACGUGUUGCUGAGACGAUGUGUUAUGCCUACAUGAAACAGGAAGGUGUGGAGGUGAGAGUAGCUCGGAUCUUCAACACCUUCGGGUCUCGCAUGCACAUGAAUGACGGGCGAGUGGUCAGUAAUUUCAUUCUGCAGGCUUUACAGGGAGAGCCGCUGACGGUCUAUGGUUCAGGGUCUCAGACAAGAGCUUUCCAAUAUGUGAGUGAUCUGGUGAACGGCCUGGUAUCCCUGAUGAAUAAUAAUAUCAGUAGUCCAGUUAACCUGGGAAAUCCAGAGGAACACACCAUACUGGAGUUUGCACAGCUUAUUAAGAGUCUAGUUGUGAGCCGCAGUCAUAUUCAAUUCCUUCCAGAAGCACAAGAUGAUCCACAGAGAAGACGGCCAGACAUCCGCAAGGCCAAAAUGCUUCUGGGCUGGGAACCUGUGGUGCCACUGGAGGAAGGCUUGAACAAAACCAUCCAGUACUUCAGCAGAGAGCUAGAGCAUCAAGCCAACAAUCAGUAUAUACCCAAACCCAAGGCUGCACGGAUAAAAAAAGGAAGACCCAGACACAACUGAUGAAUUGUGUUGAUGUCAGGAAUGCUGGGAUACUGGAGGACCAUAGAAGUCCAGCAGCCAUUAUACAGCGUGGGUUUCCCACCUCCCACUUACAGAUCCAACUUUUUGGAAAAAAAAAAAAAAAAAUUCUGAUGUUUUUGCGAAUAUUUUGAAAUGCAGCUCAGGCAGAGAGCUGUCUCUAAAGAGUUUGUUUUUCAGUCCAUGUGCCUCAAAGAUAUCCGAUUUACAGACUUUGCCUUGCACUUUGGUUUGUCAGUCGUCUGUCUGUUAUUUAAAGCAAGCUUUGAUCUCUGUGUGCUUUUUUGUUACGUUUACAUCCUGUGCCGAUUUAAUUGAUGUGAUCUAUUUUUUUAUCAUUGUCAAAGCUAGCGGUGUGUUUGUUGAAUGGACACCUGUUGAAAAUUAUGAAGAUUAGCAGUUGCAAACUAUUUAAAGAUCUUGAAUGUCUGGUCUGGAGCAGGAAACCUCAUCCAGCUCUGUCAAGAAAUCUGAGGAGACGGAUAGAAGAAAAGCUUUGGCAAAUGUUCUUUCUGCUUUAAUCUUUGUGAUGAUUUUGAGCUAAAUCUGUUGUUACCUUUGUGAAACAUCAUACAGAACUUUGAACCUAUAUUUAAUUUCAGGUGAAAAUAUUUUAAUAAAAUAUUUACUGUGAUUUUCACUGUAUUCUAUUUUCAACCUCACUUUCUCUGUUCUUCUGCCUAAUUACUGAUCGCUUUUUUUCUCAUUUUAUUGCUUUUAUCUGUUCUCUGCUGCAUUUCCAUUCAUAAAUCCAUCUCUCU